CGUUACUAUUCUUCAUUCAAUUUCAUUCAUUCAUAACUUAGAAAAAUACUUAAAUUUUCCUAACAUAAACAAUCGAUAUUACAUUAUUUGUUACUGUAAAAUAAAGUAAAUUAUGCAGAAAUAUGAAAAACUUGAAAAAAUCGGCGAAGGCACAUACGGAACUGUUUUCAAGGCAAAAAAUAAAGAAACUCAUGAAAUUGUGGCUCUGAAACGUGUUAGGUUAGACGACGACGAUGAAGGCGUACCGUCGUCCGCUUUACGUGAAAUAUGCCUCUUGAAAGAACUUAAGCACAAGAACAUAGUUCGGCUGUAUGAUGUGCUUCAUAGUGAGAAAAAAUUAACUCUAGUUUUUGAGCACUGCGAUCAAGAUUUGAAGAAAUAUUUUGACAGUCUGAAUGGCGAAAUAGAUUUAGAUGUAGUAAAGUCAUUUAUGUACCAAUUGCUGCGAGGUCUCGCAUUUUGUCAUAGUCAUAACGUUUUACAUCGAGAUCUUAAGCCCCAAAAUUUGUUAAUUAAUAAGAAUGGUGAACUUAAACUAGCAGAUUUUGGCUUGGCAAGAGCUUUCGGUAUCCCAGUGAAAUGUUACUCAGCAGAGGUAGUGACACUGUGGUACCGUCCACCAGAUGUUCUCUUUGGUGCUAAACUAUACACAACUAGUAUUGAUAUGUGGUCUGCAGGUUGUAUAUUUGCUGAACUGGCAAACUCAGGCCGUCCUUUAUUUCCUGGUUCUGAUGUUGAUGACCAAUUAAAGAGAAUUUUCAAAUUACUUGGUACACCCAAUGAAGAUACAUGGCCAGGUGUAACACAAUUGCCAGACUACAAACCACUGCCUGUAUACCAGCCAAGUCUUGGCUUGGCACAAGUGGUCCCACGGCUACCAGCUAGAGGACGAGAUCUUCUUGCACGUCUCCUUACUUGUAACCCAGCCUUAAGGAUGCCAGCUGAUGAUGCCAUGGCACAUGCCUACUUCCACGACUUGAAUCCAUCAGUAAAAAAUGACAGAUGUUAACAAUCAAUACACCCAUACAAAUGUACCUCAGAACUAUUAUUUUGUGAUAAAAACAACAUUGAGGUGCAAGAGUGUUGUGAUGAAGAGACUUAAACCUAAUAUAUAAAUCAUAAGUAAUGUGCAAUAGAUAUAAGGUGAUCAAUGUCAUAUUUAUUUAUUAUUAACUUAUUCAUGACUUAAUUUAAUAUUUUGCAAAUAUUCAACUAGAUCAGUCAGUCUUAAUUUUUUACUCUGAGCAUUGUAGCAUGGUAUAAAUGAUAGCUGACAUUAUAACAAUUUUUGCAUUUUUGGAGUCGAAGUUAAUUCCUAUCUCACAAAUGUUGAAUUUGUAUUAUUAAUAAUUUUUAUCUAUGAUUUUAGUAAAUUGUCAUCUGUACAAUACUAUAAAGCACAGAGUAUAGGAGUAAUUGUAAGCUUAAGUAUACUGAAUAUGAACAAUUUCAGUUUACUAAUAGUAAAUAUUUAAUGACAUUUGCUCAUUACUGAUCUCAUAAAGUUAAAUAUUCAUAACUUCCUUAACAAUUAAACAAUGUAUAUUUUCAUGUAAGUAUACUAUGUUAUUAUGUGUAAGAUUAAGUAUUAAGUAAGAAUUAUCAUAAUAAUAAAGAUAAGUUUUGUAGUAAGUGCAAUGAAUAUGACUAAUUUUAAUUAUCAGUUUUGUGUAC